AAAACUAUUUCUAGUCUAAAAGUAGGAGAAUAUUUUUAUUUUUUAUAUUUUAUGGCAUAAUCGCUGAGCACAGUGCUUACGCCUCCCCUAUCGCUAAGCUCACUGCCUUCCCCUUCCCUGAUUUUAUGUACUCAGACUUGAAAUAUCGCUUAGUGCAAACAGAAUCUUGUGAUCUCCUGAAAACCGAGGUUUCUGAAAUGGACGAAAGAAAAGGCCAGCGACAGGUUAUGUGCGGCAAUCUCGACCUGGGUGCUCUCCCAACAGAUUGUUUCUCUCUCAUUAUUUCCUUGACCUCCCCUCGAGAUGCCUGUAGAUUGUCGCUUGUUUCAACUGCUUUUAAUUCGGCUACUGAAUCCGAUGCUGUUUGGGAAAGCUUCUUGCCAUCCCAAUCUCAGGCAUUAAUUCCCUCAUCGCUCUCUUUCUCGUCCAAGAAACAACUUUAUCUUAGCCUCUGUGAAAAUCCCCUUCUCAUUGAAGAUGGACGAAAGAGUUUUUGGCUGGACAGAGCGAGUGGGAAGAAAUGUUUCAUGCUGUCACCCAGGGACCUCUCCAUUAUAUGGAGUGUGGACACCCCAUGGUAUUGGAGAUGGGUGCCUAAACCCGAUGCCAGGUUUGACGAGGUAGCAGAGCUUCUGAAGGUUUGGUGGUUUGAAAUCCGUGGAAGGAUUAGUAUCGCCAUGCUUUCACCCAUGACUCACUACAAGGCUUACCUUGUUUUUCAAGCAAAUGAGGUUUAUGGGUUUGACUAUUAUCCAGUGAAACUUAGUGUUGGAGUUGUUGGCACUGAAGGCAGUAAGAGAAGUGCCUAUUUGCAAAUAAACAAUGGACAUGAUGUUCAGUUCCCAAAGGCUAGAGUAGACGGGUGGUUAGAGGUUGAGAUGGGUGAGUUCUUCAAUGAGGGAUGCGUUGAUGAUGGGGAACUCGAAAUGAGUGCAUUGCAGAUUGAUUGCGAAGAGAAGAAAGGUGGUCUCAUUUUGCAGGGGAUUGAGAUUAGGGCCAUCACACCUAAUUGAUAUGCCUAGGACUUGGCUCAGAUACAGUGAAUUAUGCGUUGACGAUAUAUUUUCUUCUUCCUUCACUCCUUUAACUUUCUCUUUUCCUUUUUCUUCAAUUAUGUUUCCUCCUUUUUUUUCUCUCUCUUUAAUUUCAUAUAAAACAUGUAAUAUUUAUCUUCAUAAAUCAUAUAAUCUCUCUGAGAGGAUAUUAUUAA